CCGGGAGAAACAAGGAAACGCUUACAAAACUCGUACCCCACACAAAUGGACACGGUCCUCCUUCGUGCCGUUAAACCAUGGUUUAAGUCAGUAAAUAUUAAGACUUAACUGUGUCUCCGCUCGGAGCUAGUUUCAUGUUCUCCAGCUGACAUUCCUGAUAUUUAUCAAAGCUGCAGGUCAGUCCGAAAUAUAAUCUAAACACACGCAACGAACAUGGCUGCGCCUACGGGACCCAGAGAACCUUCAGCCGCGAACCUGCCCGGGUUUGAAGGGUUUCCUUUCCCUGGGACCAACAGCCGGCCACCGGAGGACAGCGGAAAGGCGCAGGGGCAGGCUGGGGAUGUGAAGAAGAAGCCGUGUCGAACCUGUACGGACUUUAAAUCGUGGAUGAAGCUUCAGAAACGGCAGCAGGCGACGGCGGCUGCACAGGAAACGCGUGUAGCAGGGACAGAGCAGCAGGACCCAGAGUGUCCUUUGGACAGGGAGGAGUUGGGGAGAAGCACCUGGUCCUAUCUGCACACCAUGGCAGCGUAUUAUCCCGACCAGCCGUCCUCCAGGCAGCAGCAGGACAUGGGACAGUUUAUCAACCUUUUCUCCAAGUUCUUCCCCUGUGAAGAAUGUGCAGAAGAUCUCAGAGGCAGGCUGAAAAACAAUCAGCCGGAUACAAGCAGCCGCCACGCUCUGUCCCAGUGGCUGUGCCGUCUUCACAACGACAUCAACGUGCGGCUGGGAAAGCCCGAGUUCGACUGCUCGCGUGUGGACGAGAGGUGGAGAGACGGAUGGAAGGAUGGUUCCUGUGACUGAGUGUUUGUUUUUGAUGUGUCUCCAACAGCUUUUCUUGAUUUGUCGCCAGCUUGUUGAACGAAUGUGCUUAAUAAAAUAAAGACUUGAAAACAAAUUAUUCCCCUUUGCCGUUCCAGGUUGGAAAAAUGUGUCCUUCAAAUUGUUUUUCCCCAUAGCGCAAAAAUAUUUUUACUUGACUGAAUAAAAUGAUUAUGA